UAUUGUGUCCGCCGCCGGCCGCGCGGCUCCAUGACCGCGACCAACCAAGCUAAAUGGGUCCAGUCACUGGAAUGACUCCGGAUAAGAAAGCUGAAACGCCCGGAGCAGAAAAAGCCGCAGGACUCCGGCAGUGCCAUGGGAUGGGCAGCCUGCCCGACACGGGCGACGCCGGCAAGCCAAAGGCCACCGUGGUGGACAGAGAUUCAGCAGAUGAUGAGCUCACAAAUUUGAACUGGCUGCACGAAAGUACUAACCUGCUAACAAACUUCAGCCUCGGCAGCGAGGGCCUUCCAAUUGUUAGCCCCUUGUACGACAUCGAGGGUGACAGCGUGCCGUCCUUCUCACCGUCCUGCUACCAGAACCCUGAGAAGAAAUCCUCCACUUCCAAACCCCCUUACUCUUUCAGCCUUCUCAUUUACAUGGCGAUUGAGCAGUCCCCCAACAAGAGCUUGCCAGUCAAGGAAAUCUACAGCUGGAUCCUGGACCGCUUCCCCUACUUCGCCACGGCCCCCACGGGCUGGAAGAACUCGGUCAGACACAACCUCUCCUUGAACAAGUGUUUCCGAAAGGUGGAGAAAAGCCAUGGCAAGGUGAACGGAAAAGGGUCCUUGUGGUGCGUUGACCCAAAAUACAAACCCAAUCUUGUCCAAGCACUGAAAAAACAGCCUUUUUCCUCAGCACUUGCAUUUUAUACUCCGCCGGCGUCGCCACCCAGUCGGUCGUCGUCCCCUCACUACCUGACUUCAGUCCUUCAGCAGACCCACGGCCGAGCUCUCAAAGAAUCUGAUAUUGAUGCUGCUACUGCAAUGAUGCUGUUAAAUACUUCCAUUCAGCAAGGGAUGCUGGACUGUGAGAAACCUCAGCCCCUGAAGGCGCCCAAGAAGAGGAGCUACGGCAGCGCCUUCGACGCGCCCGGCUCCAUAGCCCUGCCGGAGAGCGACUCCGCGGCCGCCAGCAUCGACCCGAGCGAGGAUCACAACUACAGCGCCAGCAGCAUGGGCUCGCAGCGCUGCGCCUCCCGCUCCAGCGUGUCCUCCCUGUCCUCCCUGGACGAGGUGUACGAGUUCAUUUCCAAGGCCAGCCACGAGGGCAGCGACGGCAGCGAGGGCUUCCACAGCGAGGUGGACACGGACGGCGACUACGAAGACGAUCCCCUGGGCGACAGCGGCUACGCGUCCCAGCCCUGUGGAGAUGCCUCCAAGGAGGGUCAGCCCAGCCAGAAAGUACUCGAGGAGCUGUGUCAGGAGAUCGACGAGGAGCUGAAGGAAGCAGCAGGGUCUCUGCUCCACCUUGCUGGCAUCCAAACGUGCUUGAGCUCCUUAAUAAGUACUGCAAAGACCCACUGUCACAAGCAAAGGAAAAAAUAGUAUGUUUGUCAGUGUUGAAUAUAUACAUAUAUUUUUUUUAAUUGUGGCAAUACUCUUCUACUUUUGCCCUUCACAAGGGAGAUCAAAGCCAUAAGAGGACUCACUGCUUUUUUUUUUU